AUGGUGCUCGUGUGUGCCUUGCAUACUCAACCCUCUGCCUCAUGCAUGCUCUGUGCUUCGCAUCUGCCUGUGCUGCCCCACUCACACCUCUUUCCCCUUGCAGCAGGAGCAGGAGGCGGAGGAGAGGGGGGCAGUGGGGCAGCAGGAGCAGCAGGUGGCGGCGGGGACGAGGGCGGUGGGGGGGCAGGGGAGCGUUUCGAUGGAGAUGGAUGCGGCUGA